AUGUGUCGCGCACAAGGAGAUAUUGAAGAUAUUUUUGCAGAAUUUCAUGAUGAUUUUGAUGUAGAUGAUGAGACAAGUAUUCAAUUCGAUAAGAAACGUAGGCAAUUCGUGAAAGAAUAUGACGAUGAUUUAUUUGAUAUUGAAGAAUGCCGACAAGUAGAUCAAACUUUAGUUGGUGUAACAGUUAGCGACCAAAAAGAACAACAAUAUUUAUCUGGGAAAUUAAGUCAUCUAACGGCCUUGCCUAAAGAAUAUGAAAGUACUACUACUCAAUGGAAUCCGACAAACCGAACCAAAACACAAAACGUUACCUCUACUCAAACGAUACCUGAAUAUUUAUCACAUGAAAGUAAAGAAUUCGAUCAGAUGAUCCUCGGUCUUCGUCGACAAACAGGUACUUCUAUUUAUACGGAAGACUUACGAGCUAUUGCAUUUCUCAUUGAUCAACUGCAGCGUAUUGAAUUACAAAAACGUCUUUAUACAACCUAUUUACGUUCUGGUCAAGGUACAUUAGUAGAAAAUAAAGAACCAUCGCUGUUAUUGUGGCCUUUCGAAUUGAAAUUAAAAAUGAUUGCAGAAAAUGAAACGAAAGCCACACAUCCCAACGAAAUCUAUCAGGAUGAGUGUAUAAAAUAUACGAAGAAGAUUUUAGACAAAUAUAGAAUCCAAACAGACGACUACCAAAAUCAAUUGGAAGAGAAAAAGCAACACUUACACAAUCGUUGGACAAGUAGAAUUGAAGAGACUAUUAUGAAAUUUGUUCAGGAGUAUGCGAUUGCUCUAUAUCGAAUACCUAUUGAAAGAGAAAUAAUUCGUAUUGAAUAUAAUAUGUUUGAUCGAUUAUGUGAACUUGAAUUUUGUAGUAAAAAUCCAAAUCUAUAUCAAAAACAACUAUUCGAAUCUCUUACAGAAAAGAAAUUCGUUAUGGAGAAAUCGAAACUUGAACUUGCUCUAUUAAAACAACGUAUCACUCUUAAUUAUCUACCAAAAUCAUUUGAUAAACUCGAAAUAUUAAGACCCACGACGAUACAUACAAUCAUGGACACCCAAACAGUUCAAUCAGUAAAAAAUCGAUGUAAUAAAAUUCUACAGCGAACCAAAGCUGAUUUAAUACAAGUUUAUGUUGACACUGCUCAAAUUUGA